AUGGACGACAGAGAUACGCUAUGUUUCGACCCUUCAGUUCUCAAUGCCUCAACGCCUAGUCUGGGACGAGAUUUUGAAGACCUGUUCUUCCGGCCGUCAAGUGCUCCCCAGCUCUCCGAUGCCAUGUCAUGCUUAUCCCCUUCCGAAAUGCCAAACAAAUCCGAGAAUGAUGUUCCCCCGGCAGGCUCAACCCCGUCAGAUACUCGAUCAGACUCACCAGAAGACUCCAGUCAUAGCUCCUCCAUGGACUCGCCCACAGGCCACCUGCGGAAUGCCUCAUUGGCUUCCAACCACUCAGGACUCUUUAGUCCAGACAGCACAAUAACGGAGCGAUAUAUUCCCAGCUGGCCGAACGCUGACCAGUUCUCCCUGGGUGAAGCAGCUUUUUUUGGACAAGAUAACGGAAACUUUUCGGUUAGGGAUGAUUCGACCGUGGAGCAUGACGUGGAGUCCAGCAAUAAGGCCAUGGCUUCUGCGUUUGAUUUUGAUAGUGCUGCCAGCAGUCCGAGUCCCCUGAAAAUGGAACUCAAUACCGAAAAGAGUAAACCAACAGUGUUCAAGCAGUCAUUCCGUACAUCUUCUUCCACCACCUUUACUGGGCAGCCUAGUGAUGCAGGCUCAUCGCAACAACAACCCACUGUCGUGAAUCCAUUUGUAUUCCAAAGUCCCGGCGACUCUACACAGCUAUACUCUGGACAAGGACUUUGGGAUGGCCGUGCUUCACAAUCCAGCCUAGAGGAUGCUUUUGGUGGAAUAGGUAUGAACGGUGGCUCGCCCCUCUCAGCCACAUUAUCUCCGACUUCUACCUUUAGGUCGCCGCGUCAGACCUUUGAAUCGCUGAAAUGCCCAACCGGAGUGGUGUUCCCGUUGAACGACCGUAAUCCCGCGAUCUUUCACCCAAACAUCAGCAUGGAGAACUAUAUCCGGCCCCGGCUUAUUGUUCAUCCUACUUCGUUGAAAUCCCGCGUAGAAACACAAAUACCGAUCAAGUUAACCCUCUACCCGAUGCCGCCUGGAGUUAAGAAACUACGUCUCCCAAGCCAUGCCAUUUCCAAGCCAAAGUUCCUCGCAAAACCUGAUACUAAACGGUCCCCAGAUAUCCUCGAACUUCGCGCUAGUGUAUUAUGCACGAGCGCAAUACAGGAUAAAAAGAAGCGGGAGAGAGCGUUUGCUAGAGCUAGAGGUGAAGAUGUUAGCGCUAAGUCUCCAAAAGGCUCUUCGGAAGAAAGUCAGGUUGACGAUGAUCUUCCACUAGGAGGAGCUGAGGUUAAAAUAUGCGCUGGUUGUAUCCAACGAGAACGAAAGCGUGCUUCGCGGAAGAAACAGCGGAAACCGGAAGAGGAUGAAAUGUUCCAGAGAGAUGAAGAUAAAAGGGUUAUUGUGUUCAAUACUACGGAGAUCAAAGAUUGGACAGAUCCUCCCAGAACUCCUAACUCAACAAAUUGUGACCCUUCUCUACCGAUUGCGCCCCUGGGUGCGAUGCAAGUAGAAUUGCCAAUGAGAAUUGCGUGCUAUUGUAGGCAUCAGAAUGAGAAAGUUGGAUUCCAGGAUAACCCAAUAGCGCAGGCGAUUACCAAUUCGAUCAUGAUUACUGAUGACCAUAAGACACACGCACCCGCAAACUACACUGCGGCCUCCAGCUCUACCGCCACUGAUCCCCAGUUUCCCCCCGCCGGAAUGUUCGCCGCGAAUCCUGCGAUAGAUCUAGCGAAACCAUUCAUACAUUCGGUGCCGUAUAAACUAUCUCACUCCACUAAUGAUCUGCAGGUAAUGCGGAAUCGACAAUACCCAUUAACGCCCGUCACUUCGAACCAGCCACAAAAUGGCACAAAUUUGGCCACCGCCAUAACUACUCCACGAAACCUAUCACGACAAGCAUCCCCAUCUGACGGGGCUGGCCCUCUUGCUAAACGGCGGAAGCAGAGUGGAUCGGGUAAAGUACCUACUGGGCUGACGAUGACACGAAUCGAUACUCAGCGGGUAUCUCCAACCGCCAGUAGCUCUCCGCUACCUUCGAAUCUCCCAUCUGCUAGCGGGAAUGCGGAUAAAGCUUAUGUGACCCCUGCGAUGCUCAACGCCCAAUUUGUUAACGGCCCGCCAACGCCAAAUAAUAACGAUGGGAUGUUCUUUAGUCCAAUCGAGACUACCAAUUCUAUGGACAACAUCGGGCAGCCAUCUUUGAUGUCUGCACCUAGCUCAACACACCCAAGCCGGCCCAGUUCUCCCCAUACAAAUUCCCGCAAUAGAUCUCAGGACCAAGGUGCUGGGCUACCAGCUACGGGAACCCAAAAUCACACUUGGAGCUUACCAACUAGCCUCCCUCCGCCCCAAGUACCCUCAAUGAUUCAUAAACUCGUACCAGCGGAGGGUUCGACAACAGGUGGAAGUGAAGUAACCCUCCUUGGUAGUGGUUUUUACCCCGGCAUGGAGGUUGUUUUCGGUGACACUUUAGCAACGACAACAACCUUCUGGGGCGAGAAGUGCUUAAACUGCCUCACUCCGCCUUCUGUGAAACCGGGCACCGUACCUGUUGUCUUUAAGCAUGAGCACCCUCGAUUGGGUCAGCAUCAGCCUGGACAACCCAUAAUCCCUAAGCCUCAAAUCUUCUUCCGUUACGUGGAUGAUCGGGAGCUGCAGAUGUAUAGGAUUGCUCUUGGGAUAUUAGGUCAGAAACUUAAUAACCCCGCUGAUGCAUAUCAAACUGCGCAGCAAAUUAUGGGUGGUAGUGGAAACAAUCUAUGGAAUCUUCAAAACAACUUCCAGGGUGAUGGCAAUGGUGGAGGUCAGCAACGACAAGCUGCAGGGAAUGGCCAAAAUGCAAACAUUACAGACACUGAUGCGAAGAUGCUUGUCUACCUUGAAUUCAUGGACUUGGAUGGAAGUCCCGGUUCGACGAAAUAUAACUCACGCUCACCAUCGGGACAGACUCUACUCCACCUUGCGUCUUCAUUAGGGCUGACUCGGUUCGUGGCUGGUUUACUUGCUCGAGGAGCUAACCCCGAUGUUCAGGACAAGAACCACAACACUCCGUUGCAUUUGGCCGCCCUCAGUGGACAUACACAUAUAAUCCAUCGCCUUCGACUUGCUGGUGCUAACAUUACGGCGCCUAAUCUACGUGGCUUCACUCCUGCUGACCUUGCCACAUCUCUGGAUGCCCAUCGCGCUGUCAUUGCUUCUACCAGCCACUACCGCUCAAGAAGUGUGGGGUCAACAUCUCCCCUACGCCGCCGACCAAGCUCUGGUUCUCUUGACGGAUUCUGGGAACCUACAUCUUCUAGCGACUCUGCGGAUAUUGAAGAAGAUUCAACUGACGAUUCCGAUAGCGGACACACCACAGACGCACCAGAGUUACUGUAUGCCCAACCAAAGCGCAGUAAAUCAGAAACCCACAAGGAGAAGAAACAAUAUUUCACUAUUCCCCGAAAAUCUAGCAUUUCUCAAGCCUCUGAACUCCCCUCUACUGAGCCUGACGUUGCGGACAUGGCACGCAACCCAUCCCCCCCCGUGGCGUUAGUUGCAUGGCGAGACCAAUUAGCAGCUCAGAUUAACCAGUUCCAGCAAAAUGUUAAUCGAGCUUUCCCCAAUCUCCCCAAUCUCCCCAAUCUUCCCAACCUUCCAAACCUCCCAACACUGCCUACGCUACCUCAAAUGCCCACACUACCUCAGAUACCGACACUUCCUCAGAUGCCGGCCCUUCCGGACUACCAAACUCAUCCAAUGAUCCAGCGCAUUAGCUCUUUGGUUCCACACAGGCCAACAACCGCUUGGUCUACCAACAUUAUGAAAGACGGUUGGGGCCGAUUAACCGGAAAUUCAUCGCCACCAGCGUAUGAAGAACUAUACCCCCAUGAAACAGAUGCUGGCUAUGCGGAGAAGAAGUCGUCCAUGGUGGAGGCAGCUCUUGAUGCUGCUGCAGACCAACAUUUUGCCGAAACGGAAGUGUCAUCGCGUUCCCACUCUUCAUCCUCAAAGGAGGAGUUCGGAGACGUGACGAUAGGUCGAAAGAACAUCUCGAAGCAACACCAGGAACAGCUUCGAAAAGCGCACGCGCAGAAAAUGAAGAGAUUCCGUAGUGACCGUAAUCUCUUUAUUAUUUGGAUUCCUCUCUUGGUAAUAAUUGUCGCUGCAAUGCUGAAGAACCUCAUUCCUGAUAUCUGGCAAGCCGUCUCUUAUGGAUAUGAGCUAGUCAUGUCUCAUAUUACUCCUCCGGCCUCAAACCAGAAUCUCCUGGCCACUUAA